UUGGAUGCCAACCGCCGUUAAACCUCAUCGAAGAAGAAGUUAAACCUCAUCCAGGAAGAAAAAGAAGUUGACGUCUGAUUUUUAGUUCUGUGUUCGAAGUGAAAGUAAGAAACAUCGAGGCCACGACACCGAACUUACUGGUUGAGAUCGAAGCUCAGUAAAGGGAAAUUAAAGCUGUGUAAAGGAAAUUACAGUAACCAUGGCUCCAACAUUGUAUGAUAAGAAGCCGGAGCCAGGGGAUCUGAUAGAGAUAUUCAGAGGGAACUACCAGCACUGGGCUUUGUACGUUGGUGAUGGUUUUGUUGUUCACCUGGCCCCACCCUCCGAGGGACCUGGGACCAGGGCCAACAGCAUGAUGUCUGUGCUCAGUGACAAGGCUAAGGUGAAGAAGGAAGAGAUCUGGGAUGUGGUGGGGCAUGAUCAGUGGUGUGUAAACAACCAGCUGGAUGAGAAGUACCAGGUCAGACCCAUACGUGAGAUACUGAAGGAAGCCCAGAGCUAUGUGGACCAGGAGAUGCCCUACUGUGUCUUCAGGGGGAACUGUGAGCACUUUGUCACAGAUCUGAGAUAUGGGAAGGCUGAGUCUCGACAGGUUCGUCAGGCUGUGGAAACUGUGGGAAUGGCUGCAAUGGUGGGCUUCGGAGUCCUUGCUGUUGCAGGUAUCGCAGCGGCCAUCUUUGGAGGUGGAAGCAAAAAGAAGAAUGAAGAAGAAGAAUAUAAAUGACUAACUGUAUAAUAGCUUCCUGAGCAGCCAGUCACCAAUAAGCCUAAUAGAGAUUAAUUAUUUAACUACAGUACUGCCAUCGUCACUUUGUAUAAUUCUGGGUUUUUCAGAAGGAAGGGUUGAGUAUUUCCAUAAUAUCUUUUUUUUUUACAGUUACACAGACAUGAAUGGAAAGGAGGAAAGUUGUCUGGUUAUAAUUCCAAGGUAUACAGCCUUGGAGGUGCCAUAACCUUGCAGGCUGCUAGACUAUGCUAGCUGUUUUUAAAAAAAAAUGUCAGUUACUUAUAAGCAGUGGUGGGAAAAGUACCCAGUUGUCAUACUUGAGUAAAAGUAAAGAUAACUUAAUAGAAAAUUACUCAAGUGAAAGUCACCCAGUAAAAUACUACUUUAGUAAAAGUUUAAAAGUAUUUGGCUUUUAAAUAUACUGAAGUAUAAAAAGUAAAUGUCAUGGCUAAAAUGUACUUAAGUAUCAAAAGUAAAAGUAUAAAUUAUUUCAAAUUCCUUAUAUUAAGGAAACCAGAUGGCAUAAUUUUCUGGUUUUUUAAAUUUACGGAUAGCUAGGGGCAUGCUCCAAUACUCAGACAUAAUUUACAAACGAAGCAUGUGUUUAGUGAGUCAACCAGAUCAGAGGCAGUAGGGAUGUUCUCUUGAUAAGUGUGUGAAUUAGACAAUUUUCUUGUCCUGCUAAGCAUUCAAAAUGUAAUGAGUGCUUUUGGGUGUCAGGGAAACUGUAUGGAGUAAAAAGUACAUCAAUUUCUUUAGGAAUGUAAUGAAGUAAAAGUUGUUGUACAUAAAUAGUGAAGGACAGAUAUCCUAAAAAAUGACUUAAGAAGUACUUUGAAGUAUUUUUACUUAGCUUAUAUGUUUUCAACUCUCUAGAGACAGCAGGAGCGGUAGAGAUACUCUCAAUGAUCGGCUAUGAAAAGCCAACUGACAUUUACUCUUGAGGUGCUGACUUGUUGCACCCUCGACAACUACUGUGAUUAUUAUUAUUUGACCAUGCUGGUCAUUUAUGAACAUUUGAACAUCUUGGCCAUGUUCUGUUAUAAUCUCCACCCUGCACAGCCAGAAGAGGACUGGCCACCCCUCAUAGCCUGGUUCCUCUCUGUUUCUUCCUAGGUUUUGGCCUUUCUAGGGAGUUUUUCCUAGCCACCGUGCAUUGCUUGCUGUUUGGGGUUUUAGGCUGGGUUUCUGUACAGCACUUUGAGAUAUCAGCUGAUGUAAGAAGGGCUAUAUAAAUAAAUUUGAUUUGGUGUAAAGUACCUAUGAAGUUUCCAUAUUAAAGAUUUAACAUAUUUAUGUAGACUUAGAUCUCUUUAUAAUGGGAUAAAAUGGUAUUCCACUGAAGUUCUAAUAUUUCUAUCAUGAAGAAAAUUGUCUAUAGGACCCAGGGCUCUCGAGUGGCACAGCCGUCCAAGGCACUGCAUCUCAGUGCUAGAGACAUCACUACAAACCCUGGUUCGAUUCCAGGCUGUAUUACAACCGGCGCACAAUUGGACCAGCGUCGUCAGGGUUAGGGUUUGGCCAAAUAAGAAUUUGUUCUUAACUGACUUGCCUCGUUAAAUAAAAAAAAUAAAAGGACCCAUAGAACUACUCCCUAUUUAUAUAUUCUUAAUUCCAUUACUUUACUUUGGAUUUGUGUCCAUUGUGUGUAUUGUUGUGAAAUUGUUAAGAUAUUACUUGUUAGAUAUUACUGCACUGUUGGAGCUAGAAACAAAAGCAUUUUGCUACACUUGCAAUAACAUCUGCUAAACAUGAGUAUGUGACCAAUAAAAUUUGAUUUGAUUUGAACAAAAUCAUACUUUUAAAAAAAAAAAUUUGUUGGAUUGAAAAGAUUUGAAAUCUUAACUGUGUUUGAUCUUUAAAAACUUCAGUUUGAAGAGUUUGUUUAUUAAAUAUAUUGAUAAACUGAACCUUAUUAGCAUUUUAGCUAAGUCGAUUAAGUCUUGACAUCCUCUUUGAUAUGUUUUGAUAGGUUUGGUUUUUGAGCUUGAACUAUUAUUAAUUAUUAGUUAUGAAAGAGACAUGAGGGGUGCCGUAAUGAAGCCUGGGAGGGGCUGAGUGCAGGGAACAGUCACGUGGCAGUACUGAUAAGGGGAGGAACCGUUUAAGGCCCAGAUCACUCAGCUCCUUGCCUAGAAAUAAUGAUGCAAUGUUUGGCGAUAACGAGGAGACUCCACCCAAAGUGGGGUAUGUAUACUACCAAGGGUGAAACCAUGUUUUUGUUUAAUGCAGCUGUACUGACCCUCUGGGAAGAAUAAACUUGGUUUAAAGCUUU